CUGCACACGUGAAGUGAUCCCUUAGUAUUUCCUGCAGUGAAUGUAGGAGGUUCGGAUGCGGGCCGCUGCAUGGAAUACGAAGAUGCGAAAGUUUAUUGAUCUCAUAGCACUGGGCGAGGGAGAACGGCAACAAUGAGGAGCUCAUACAUCCUUUGCUCAACGGUGAUUCUUUUGCUGCUUUGGAUGAAAACAGAAAUAGCAUUAGAGGCGAGCAAAAUCAAAACUGGGGUUGAGAUUUUCAUGAAGUUCUACAAACCAUGCGUGACUGGAUGGAAUAGCACCAAUUGUUUUCGGGAGAAAACUGUGCAUCAACCAGACCCCGUACACACGACCAACCGCACUUUACCACAAACAGAUAAAACAAUGCCAGCCGAGGACCCACCCCCACAAGACAACGUAACUUCUACCAAAAGGAGCCAGACUAAUUAUGCCGUGGGCGCAAAUUUAAACUUCACACUUAUUGGUUUAGUUCGCAAGAUUGUGCGAUUAUUCUCAACGGUUGCGACCUCCGGCAAAACUACGAAUCCAUCCAUGGCCAGGUCAAGUGCACCUACCGAUGAUCAACGGAAAGACGAAAAAAAUUCAGCUAUCAAGGGCAAGAAAGUUCAGAAAGAUGCCUCAGAAUACUCCGAGGACAAUAAUUACACGGAGGAAGAUAUGCAAUUUGAGCCAGAUCAAGGUCACGAAGGUGGUGAUAUGGGUUACGCGGGAGAGGAGGAGGAACUUGAGAUGGAGGAACCGGAGGAGGAAACAGAGGAAGAAGACGAAGAUGACGAUCUUGGUGGUGGCGGUGGUGGAUACAUGCGCCCUAUCGCAAUGAACAUGGGCGCCAUAAUGGCAAAACCUAGCAUGGAGCCGCAGAAAAUCCCCAACUCAGGGUCAGUGAGCCUCAAGAAAGAACCAUCCUCGAUGAUGUCUGGCAUGAGUUGGCCCAUGAGACCCAUGCAGAUGAUGCCUCUUAUGGGAGCGCCCACUGGAGGUGAAAUGAUGAUGCCCCUAAAAAGUGGUGACGAAGACGACGGUGGCCAAAACAUGGUGCCCAUGAUGAUGAUGAUGAUGCCAUCCUCCGACUCAUCGCACCACGACAAGCAUAAACACAAGGACAAGCAUAAGCACAAAAAGAAGAAGAAGAAAAAGAAGCAUAAGAAGAAAAAAGAGAGUGCAGCCGCCGCUAUGAUGGCCGAUAAAAUGGACGGUAGUGGGGAUGGUGGCGGCAUGAUGCCCGACCCCUCCACCAUGAUGAAAAUGGGGAUGAUUGGGGUUGGGGGUAUGGUUUUGCUCAUCCUCAAAGCCAUCACGCUGAUUUCGGGUAAAGCCGUCCUCGCCAGCACCAUAGCGCUUACCUUAUCCAUCAUCAUGGCCUUAAAAGCGCUCUUCAACUCAGUCCAUGCGCAUCCACCAGAGGGCGCUGAUAAGGUCAUGACUUACAUGAAGAAGCCGAUUCACAUCAACGCUGACGCUGGUUACCCGGACUAUAGGAACUACCAUGGGAGUGACUGGGGCUACCAUGAUUCUAGCUACUUUCCAACAAAGAAGUCCGGGAAGCUGCCAGAGUAUAAGAUAGACAAGCUCAAGCGAACUGAUAAGACUCCUACAACCCUAGCUCAGACUGAAUUCACAACGGGUAGUCCCGUCAACCCUUUCGAUUUCAACCCGGAGACGUAUAGCUCGGCAAAUAUUAUAAACUAUAAGAGUGGUCUGAAUAACAGUGGUAUCAGCCAAUUCUAUUCACAUUCCGUCCCACUUUAUACAGGAUACGCUCCGAUCAAUUCUUGAGGAUUCUUUUAUUCUUGAUAAUAAAAAAUUAAAAAUGA